AUGGCCCGAUACGCCCAAUAUGACUUCUAUCAACAAUCCCCGGCGACACUAGAUCUACCGCCAUCUGAAGAUGAAGAGAUGAGUGUCCUGGAUGAUAAAAUUCUGGAUUCAACCUCUCCCCAUCUGUCCGAUCCCCACCGACCCUCCUACGAUGCAGAUGCAGCCGCUUUCUCACAUCGCAACUCCAUCUGGUCCAGCUACUCACAUGCAAGUUCCGACCAGUCGCAUUCCCAUCCACGCUCCUCCAGUCUUCCGCAGGCCAUGCUCGACUCAACGGGAGCACCAUUCAUGCCGGUCGACGGUCCUCAGCCGUACAUGCCGCCGCAGGCCACAUGGGCGCUGUCCCGCGACGGCUCCGGGUCCUGCACGCCUACGGCCUACGAGCAGUACUCGACAGAAUCAGAGCAACCGGUGACUUCUGGUCCAACCUUUUCAACGGGGGCUGUUGGGGGGGUAGCCAUGUCCCCGCAAUCCAGUCAGGGCUGGAUGCCAGCUCCCAUCGAUUUGGAUGCAGCUGUCAUGGCAAAGAGCAAUGCCUAUCGGACGGACCCGACGAUGGCGUUGAGGCGAGAUGGGAUUCGCAAGAAGAAUGCACGUUUUGAGAUCCCGGCUGAGCGAACUCUGAGCAACAUCGACCACUUGAUCAGCCAAUCGACCAACGAGGAGGAAGUGAAGGAGUUGAAGCAGCAAAAGAGGUUACUGAGGAAUCGCCAAGCAGCUCUAGAUUCACGCCAGCGGAAAAAGUUGCAUACUGAGAAGCUGGAAGAGGAGAAGAAGCACUACACGCAAGCCAUCAAUCAGCUUGAAGAGAUUGUCUCGAGCUUACAGAAGCGUGAGGCCGAUUUACUCCGUGAAAAGAACGAGUGGAUGGCUCAGCAACAGCAAAUCGCCGCCUAUCUCGAGAGGGUCGAGAUGGAGAAAAACGAACUGAUCCGCACACAUACCGUUGAGACUACAGACCUGAGAAAGAGGAACAACUGUCUUCGUGAGAUGGUUGAGAAGCUGGAGCGUGGUGGGAAGGGUACCAUGGCUGACCAGGCCCAGCUUCACAUGCAGGCCACUGACUUCACUGGCUUUGAUCACUUUCCGAUGGACAGUGGCCACUGGGGUGACUUUCACAUGUCGAAUGGCUUCACAAUGCAAGAUACUGUCGCUGCUUCUUCUCACGGUCAUGGGCAGAAUGACGGCCGUGUCGACGAUCCCCACUCUCAAUUACAGACCCACAACCAGUCCGAGCGCUCAACCGACAAGCCUGCUGCGGCCGACUACCCGUUCAGCUGGAAUGCCUUCUACAUGUGUCUCUUAUUUGGUGCAUUUAUCGCGUCCAAUGCUAAUAGUAACCUCGGCGGACAUUCUCUCCCUCAACUCUCGGAGGAAUAUCGUGCCGAGUCGGCCAAUGUCCUCAAAGCCGUUCUGGCCUCCAAUCCAUCGGAUCUCGGCCAAGGCUCUAUUGUCACGGCCUCUGGUUCUGCACCUCGGGCUUCCAUGACCGUGGACAUGGGCCAAAUGGGCUCUGGGACCUCGCAUCACGCGAGACCCUCGACCCUAGAGGAUCUUCAUGCCUCUCUCGUCCUUCCCACUGCAGAGCAGGAGCGUGCACAGGUUUUUGCUCUCAAUCCCGAUCAGUACAAUACCAUGACCACCUUUCAAGAUGACGGAACGUCUUAUAAAGCGCAGCCGUCGAUUUUGCAAUCCAGGCUGGCAGCAAUGCAGCAAACUGCGACGCAGCAUCGUAUGCACGCCGGUGAGGACGUAUAUUCCCGCAGCUUGAUGUGGGACCGGGUCCCCCAGAAGGUCAUUCAAGACUUUCGUCGGAUGGUGCAGGAGUUUGGCGGGUCCCCAGUCAAGGAUGAGAUGAUGGCCUUUUAG